GUCAAUAUUUCGCCAAACCUCCAGGCGCCGUCAGUGUGUGAACGGUUACACAGCCUGCCGCCGCGGGCGGAGAACUAGUGGCUAUGCUCAGGGAUCCUGCACGCAUGCGUGGAGCUGGACCGUCAGCGUGCGAGUGACGUCACGUGCGCGCCCGUCUAAACUCUUCCUAGGGUUCUUUCUAAACUGCGGCAGCAAGUUGUCAAAUUCCCUAGUUGAAUUUGCUUUGGACAUCAGUGUGAAGAACUGAUAUGCCACUUGAAUUAAUAAAGGAAGUCAGUGGGGUGCCUGAAGUUCAGCCGCUGAGUAAAUUACGUAAAGUAGAUUUCGGAUCCCUACAGCCAGGUUACAAUUAUAGCAAGAAAUAUAUUCAGGGAAAGCUUUCACUUAUCUCUUCUUUAACUUGUCGUGGAAAUAGAACAGCUGUUUUGCAGAUUGGACUACAAGGACACCAUUGCAGUGGCUAGAUUUAUUGUUUUUUUAGCUUCUUCAUCUAUAGGCAGAGAUGGUAAAUCUUGCAUAUUUUUGAAAGCAUUUGAAGACCUCAAAGCAACUGUUUAUGUUUAUGUCAAAUCUGUAAGAGCUUUUUCUACAGAAUCAAUGUCUUUGGUUCCAGCAACAAAUUAUAUAUAUACACCCCUGAAUCAACUUAAGGGUGGUACAAUUGUCAAUGUCUACGGUGUUGUGAAGUUCUUUAAGCCCCCAUAUCUAAGCAAAGGAACUGAUUCAAGUAUAUAAAAAGGAGACUCAGGGUAUCACCAGCUCUGGCUUUGCAUCUUUGACAUUUGAGGGAACUUUGGGAGCCCCUAUCAUACCUCGCACUUCAAGCAAGUAUUUUAACUUCACUACCGAGGACCACAAAAUGGUAGAAACCUUACGUGUUUGGGCAUCUACUCAUAUGUCACCAUCUUGGACAUUACUAAAAUUGUGUGAUGUGCAGCCAAUGCAGUAUUUUGACCUGACUUGUCAGCUCUUGGGCAAAGCAGAAGUGGACGGAGCAUCGUUUCUUCUAAAGGUAUGGGAUGGCACCAGGACGCCAUUUCCAUCUUGGAGAGUCUUAAUACAAGACCUUGUUCUUGAAGGUGAUUUAAGUCACAUCCAUCGGCUACAAAAUUUGACAAUAGACAUUCUAGUCUACGAUAACCAUGUUCAUGUGGCAAGAUCUCUGAAGGUUGGAAGCUUUCUUAGAAUCUAUAGCCUUCAUACCAAACUUCAAUCAAUGAAUUCAGAGAAUCAGACAAUGUUAAGUUUAGAGUUUCAUCUUCAUGGAGGUACCAGUUACGGUCGGGGAAUCAGGGUCUUGCCAGAAAGUAACUCUGAUGUGGAUCAACUGAAAAAGGAUUUAGAAUCUGCAAAUUUGACAGCCAAUCAGCAUUCAGAUGUUAUCUGUCAAUCAGAACCUGAUGACAGCUUUCCAAGCUCUGGAUCAGUAUCAUUGUAUGAGGUAGAAAGAUGUCAACAACUAUCUGCUACAAUACUUACAGAUCAUCAAUAUUUGGAGAGGACACCCCUGUGUGCAAUUUUGAAACAAAAAGCUCCUCAACAAUAUCGCAUCCGAGCAAAAUUGAGGUCAUAUAAGCCCAGAAGACUAUUUCAGUCUGUUAAACUUCAUUGCCCUAAAUGUCAUUUACUGCAAGAAGUUCCACAUGAGGGUGAUUUGGAUAUAAUUUUGCAGGAUGGUGCAACUAAAACUCCAGAUGUCAAACUUCAAAAUACAGCGUUAUACGAUUCAAAAAUCUGGACCACUAAAAAUCAAAAAGGACGAAAAGUAGCAGUUCAUUUUGUGAAAAAUAAUGGUAUUCUCCCACUUUCAAAUGAAUGUCUACUUUUGAUAGAAGGAGGUACACUCAGUGAAAUUUGCAAACUCUCGAACAAGUUUAAUAGUGUAAUUCCUGUGAGAUCUGGCCACGAAGACCUGGAACUUUUGGACCUUUCAGCACCAUUUCUUAUACAAGGAACAGUACAUCACUACGGAUGUAAGCAGUGUUCUAGUUUGAGAUCCAUACAAAAUCUAAAUUCGUUGGUCGAUAAAACAUCGUGGAUUCCUUCUUCAGUGGCAGAAGUCCUGGGUAUUGUACCCCUCCAAUAUGUGUUUGUUAUGACAUUUACACUUGAUGAUGGAACAGGAGUACUAGAAGCCUAUCUCAUGGAUUCUGACAAAUUCUUCCAGAUCCCAGCAUCCGAAGUUCUAAUGGAUGAUGACCUUCAGAAAAGUAUAGAUGUGAUCAUGGAUAUGUUUUGUCCUCCAGGAAUAAAAAUUGAUGCAUAUCCGUGGUUGGAAUGCUUCAUCAAGUCAUACAAUGUCACAAAUGGAACGGACAACCAAAUUUGCUAUCAGAUUUUUGACACCACAGUCGCAGAAGAUGUAAUCUAAUAUUGCCAUCCAAUUUAGCAUACAUAAAAUGUUGCCACUCAUCAUCCCUGUUUGAGCUUCUUUUCCUGCCCUGAGUUUUGUAUCAGCAAUGUUGAUGAUUUUAGCAUGGGUAUGGGAUUAGAAAAUGUCCUUUCUUUAAAUCUCUUGGCUUUUACUGGGUGCAAGGUAAAUAAUGGCUAUAGAUUUUAUUUUGCUUUCUGUUUUGCUUUUGCACAAACAGACCUGCUUUAACAAGUACUGCUGAGAUAGGUGUUUGUCUGAUCAAGCUACAGUGUACUUUAAGUAGAAAUGGCAAAGUUGCUUUGUUAGGGUGCCGAUACUGAUGAUUUUAGGAUAAAUUCACUUCUUUAAACAUGUAAUACAUGGUUUGAUUGCUUGUUUCUCUCCAGGAUAGUAGAGAUUUCUCUGUUUCACCUCAACCUAAUAAAGUGGUCAGAUUUAUAAUGUUAGUGACUUAAUAUGAUCCUUUUCUAAUAGUCUCCUGUAAAAUAUGCCAGUAUUACAACUUACAACUGAUUGAAUGAGAUGUUAACUUAGUAAAAUAAUUUGACUUUUACCUGACAGUGUUUGUCAAAGUUAAAAUCAUGAAUAUUCAAUUUUAUACAAACAUUUAAUAUAUGUAUAGAUUUGUAUAUGUUAUUUGCCAAAGACAGAUAUAAAUUACCUGGUUUAAUAUUAGUGAAGAAUAAAUAAGUGCACACAUUUCAACUGUUUCAUUUAUUUGCCCUAAGUUGAGCCAAAAAGUGAUAUGAGGCAAAGAAUCAAAGCAGGUGUGGCAAUACAGCAGAUGUUUAGGGCGGCCUACAUCCCAGGUACUGUGCUAAGCACUAAACAUGUAUUUGAUCCUCACAGCAACCCAUUUUUCUGAUAAGAAAUCUGAGGCUUGAUUGAUAAGCUAAGUUCACACAGUUUUUAAAUGCUAGAGUCUGUGCCUUAAUUCACAUAAUCUCUAUUCAGAGCCUGUACUCUUAACCACUCAGGGAUUCUGGAACAGAAGCUAACAGUUUUCUGCAAUGAGUAUUUGACUUAAAUAUCUGCAAUAACAUUGGAAAUAGAUUAUAAGAGGAAUCAGUGUGUUUUUCUAUACUUUCAAAAUACUUUUAACAUCUUAUUGUCAAACAAGGAUUGGAUAACUGAUUUUCUUUGCUCAUAAUAACUCUAAAUUCUAGUUCCUGAGUAUAUUAACACAUCUGUAUACCUAACUACCAAUGUCCCCCAUCAUCGACUAAUCAGCUUGUUUGAGACAAUGAGAAAAACUGAUUUUAUUUUCAGGAAUAUAGACUCUUGGUUCAAAACAUUUUCAGGAAAAAUAUUUUAAAACCCUACAGUUGAACAGGUGUGUUUCUGUGUUGAUGAUGUGCUCAGAAUACAAAGGUGAGAUAAACAUUUUUUCUGCCUUCAGGAAGCACUCAGUCUAGAAGAGUAGAGGUCCAAAGGUGCCAUAGGUUCACACUGUGAGCCUGCAAGAUCUCCACAUUAACAAAGGAAAACUCUUCCUAUGAAUCUUCAUGAUGAUAGGCCAUGUCUCUUUUUAUUUUUUUUUAAAUAAACAUCCACAUUAUCAUGA